AUGGUCCUGGAGUAUUUUGGAGCCCCUCCAGAAAUGCUCGUUCCUGUGUGGGACUGUGAGCUGUGUGGUCAGUAUCGCAGCAUUGUCAGGAUGAUUGGGUCCAACCUACCGCUGCAACUGCCUCCAAGAGUCCACGUUCAGAUCCCGCUCAUCUCCCAUAAACCUCAUUGUAAUGUGGACGUCACCGUGGAUACUCCCACCAUCCCCUCAUUUGCUGACAUUAUGUGGGUUUGUGAGGAAAAGGAGAACACUUCAACAAAAACCAGGAACUAUUUGCCACUGAUCAAGCACGAUAAUGAAACAAAUGGGAAUGCAUCAGGGGUCCAGAGACAAAUGCUUCAUAAAAGCCAAAGAGGUUUCAGUUGUGUGAAGCAAACUCAUGACCCCAGCGCCUUGAAGAAAAUCUCUGCACUGGAGACCGAGCUUCUCAAACUUCAAGCUCAGAUCGCACUGAUAGUUGCUGCUCCUCAUGGUCCAGAUCUUGAACAUGCUCCUAUGAUGUCUCCAUCAUCCCGUCCAGCCUUAACGUUGACUCCUCGUCCUCCACCACCCCCUCCUCCUCCUCCUCCUCCACCCCCCGGUCCUCGCACCAGUACUCCAGUCCAGUCUGUGUCAGAGCUCAUCCAAGUCCGCAAACAAAACCAAGGCCAGAAUCCACAAAAACAUAAAAAUGGCACUGUCACAGAAAGCGGGCAACCCUCUAUGCUAGAUGUUCUGAAAGACUUGAAUCAAGUGAAACUGCGUUCAGUAUAUCGAUCACCAGGGGGCACUCCAGUCAGAAGGAGGCGCAGUAGAGGUGCUGCUCUGUGCACUGACCCUGCUGCUCUCAUUGCUGAGGCUUUAAAGAGAAAGUUUGCUCAACAUCUUCAUAAUAAUUCUUCAGAUAUAGAAAAUUCGCUAGAGCUGUCUCCUUUUGGCAGCCCAGAGACACCUAAGGUUCCUCACCAGCGGCGAAGCCAAGGCAGAUGUUUCAUGUAA